AUGGAAGAAGGAGAACUCAACAAAGCCCCACCCGCACCCGAAGCAGGUGACGGCUUGUACAACGCCCUACACCAACGCCUCGUCGCUUCGGGCGAAUGGCAGCGUCUGCUCAUCUUGCUCCGACGCAUGCUUGACGAGUCCGGCUGGGAGACCGAGUUCCAAGGGUUUGCCACGAGUAAGGCCAAGAGCCAACCGGUGCUCAGUGUGCCCGACUUGAUCGAUGUGCUUACGCCGCAUGCCAAAGAUACCCUGCCACCCCACGUCAAGGCGCACCUGCUCGACAAGCUCAGGGACUUUCUCGAUCGGAAUCUCGAAGAUGCCUAA